AUAGUUUAUACACCCGAAUGGGUCAAUAGCAACAAAAUGUUGAUUAAGUGACCAAUGUAACCGAACAGUCGCUGUGCCAUCACACCUUCAGAGUCUGAAUCAAGUAUCCCUGGCCUGUAGUGAGUUUCAGGUGUGACAUGACACUUAUUUAUCAUGUAUGAGAUGCAGAUGUCUUGCUCUCAGGGUGGAUCAGAUGAUGAUAGUGGCUGGAGACAACACUCUUGGCAAGUACGAAGGUAUGGAGCAGUAUUCUAAACCGUACUCCAUUACACCCCAUCCACUGUACAACAAGAGCACCAAUAAUGCAGACAUCAUGCUCAUUAAGCUCCGGGCUCCAAUAAAGCCGAACAGGUACGUCUCCCUGGCUCCUCUUCCCAAACAAAACACAGGAGUGCUGCCUGGCCAGCUGUGUCAGGUGUCCGGUUGGGGUUCCACAAGCCAGGGCAGGGGUGUGAGCCCCCUUGCUCUUCAGUCUGUAACAGUGCCCAGCAUCUCCACAGCUAAGUGUAAUAGCAGCAAGUCCAUCAAUGGAAGCAUUACAAGCAAUAUGAUCUGUGCUGGCUACAGUACUGGAGGCAAGGAUGCAUGCAAGUGGGAUUCUGGAGAGCUGCUUGUGUGUGAUGGACGACUUUAUGGGCUCGCCUCCUGGGGAAACAGCUGUGGGGAUACCAGGUUUCCGGGAGUCUACACGGCUGUGGCCAGGUUCCGCAGGUGGAUAGACCGUACCAUCUACAGGUCCAUCAUACGAUGUUACAAGUACAGAAAGCCACUGGCCUUGAAAUCCACUUCAAGUGAUGUUUAGUUAAUAUACAGAAUAUACAGAAUGUCAUCAUUUGGUGUCUUUCUGCAUUGUUGCAUUACAACCUGAAAUUAAAAUGGAUGUUUUGGGGGUUUGUACCCUUUGAUUUACACAACAUGCCUACCACUUUGAAGUUGCAAAAUAUUUUUUAGUGUGACACUAGCAAUGAUUAAGACAAAAAAACAGAAAUCUUGAAUGUGCGUAAGCAUUCACACACACACCUCCUACCACCCCACCCCACUCCCCAUCACCUUUUUCUGCAAUUACAGCUGCAAGUCUCUAGGGGUAUGUCUCUAUUGGAUUAGCACAUCUAGUCACUAGCAUUUUUGUCCAUUUUUCAAGGCAAAAAUGCUCCAGCUCCUUCAAGUUAGAUGAGUUGUGUUGGUGUACAGCAAUCUUCAAGUCAUGCCACAGAUUCUCAAUUGGUCAAUUGCACUGAUGUCUGGCCUUUGACUAGGCCUUUCAGAACAGGUGUAUUUAAGCUGUGUUCAUAAUUACUACAUGACAAUUCGGAGCUGUUCACGUCCUCAGACUCAGAAUUAUGCGUUUCUAUACGCCAAAAUGAAUCCGUGUGAAAUGAUGUUGUUGACAGCUGCUAGCUACAUUAAACUAUAUUGUAUGUCUUUUGUUUAUUUUCAGAUUAAUCGUGCAUUAUUAAUACAUUAAUAAUAGUCAAUCAUACGAAUUAUUACACAGAAAUAUUACUUGAUAACUACGUAACUACAUUUUACUACUGAAGCCGCCACCAUUUUGAGUAUUUCUGCAUGACGUUGCAGCGGUCAGGUGGUAGUCAGAGCGCAGAGCUGUAAUUAAAAAGUUGUAAUUAUGAGUUCUACAUGGAUGUGAACGCUUUUUACA